CUUUGAUCAUCUUGCUCCAACGUGGGAAUAUGUAACAACACAACCAUGUGACCCUUCUUUAAACCUAAACAGACUGUGCAGAAGUCUAACACAGUAGCAAACGAUGCAAGAUGAAAGAAGGCGAUUUCUGUACCUGUGGGAGGAGUGUGUGCACCUGCAGAAACAAUCAGAGUCACUGCCUUGCUAAGCGGCAGACAGCAGCGUUUAGUCCGUGCAUGACGCACAAAGCGGAUAACCUGAGCCAUAAUGAAUCAAGGGACUACAUCAUCUGACGAUCAGGGAGUGCAGCUCUUGGACAUCAGCUCCAACUCGCCCCCACCUGAGCCAAAGGAUACGGAAGAAGUGUCCAGCCAGCCGGAGAAGCCGCCGUAUUCAUACGUUGCUCUCAUCGCUAUGGCCAUCAAAGAGAGCCAGGACAGGAGACAGACUUUGGGCGGAAUAUACGACUACAUCAUGGCUCGUUUCCCCUAUUAUGAGAAGAACAAAAAAGGUUGGCAAAACAGCAUAAGACACAAUCUGUCUCUGAAUGAAUGCUUCGUUAAAGUUCCCCGAGAGAGUGGAGGGGACAAGAAAGGCAACUUUUGGAUGCUGGAUCCUGCAUUUGAAGACAUGUUCGAGAAAGGGAACUACAGGCGGCGGAGGAGGGUGCGGAGACCCUAUGGACCACCGAGCGUGCCCUACAUGACCGGGAACCCUGCGGAGAUGGCCAGUCCUGUCUACUUAGAACCGUUUUUGAGCGGCUCCUGGAGUCUGUGCAGGCCCGGCUCCCAGUCCACAGGAUUCCCACCUGCGCAUCCCCACAGCGUGUCCCCCACAGGUUCAUACUGCCCGUCCGCCCACUUCCACCACCCUCCAUACAGUGCUUUCCACCGCCACCCUUCCGUGCUGGUCCCCCACAACGUGUGUCCCUACGGCGGAGUGACCCCACCAAUGAGCCCCAAAGGAACCGUGUCCGUGGCAUCAUGCAACUACCAGCAGUUCACCUCAUAUGCAAGACAACAUGAGGCACAGGUGGCUCAGUCAUUUGACCUGUAAGGUUUAAAGGUUUUCCCACUUUUUACAGCCAGGUCACAGACUCAGAGUUCAUUUGUUUCACCAUUUCAGUUCGGCUGUGAUGUUUCUGUCAGGUUUAUAUGAAUGUGAUUGUUUGAUGGAUUUGUCGACCUCUGUUUAGACAUUCGAUGGCUGUUUUGCUGCGAAACUUUGUCUUUGAUUGACCUUAGAGUAAAACGCAGUUUGUUCAGUCCGUAUAGCCUGUUGCUUAAGAAAUGGGACUGACCAUGUUGGAACUGCAGUUGACUCAAAUCUGGGGCAGAGGUUAUGCCUCUUUUCAUCAUUGUCUGGUUUGGGCAUUUUCUAAUCACUUAAAAACCUCUGUGUAGGCUAUUUUCUUUUUGUUCCUCCUUUUUUUUUGCACUGUUCUUAUUGUUAAAUAGCAUAUGUCUAUCAAAUUGUUACUUUUUAUUUAUUUUUUAUGACUUUAUCUAAGAUGAUUCUAUCAAGCUGCUAUAUGCAACACUGAAGCACUGAUAAGUUUCCUUAUUCAAUUCUGAAUGUUCACUCGAUGUACAAUACAUCACGUUUGUUCCAAUAAAAUGUUAUUUUUGCAUCUAAA